AUGUUCACACUAGAAUGGCUUCAAGGAUGUAUCCUGUGCGCAUACUAUCACCUUGCCAGCAAUCCAAAGCAAGACACCGAGCUCUUGGUUGAUGCGUACAGAUUAGAACUACAUGAAAUGGAUAUGGGAAAUGAUCAAAAUCCGUCGGACCAUAAUCAAGGCCAGUCAGCCGAACCUCUUCUAGCAGAGAUCUGGGUUACCAAAGAGGAACAACGCCGGGCCUGGUGGUUGGUCUGGGAGCUGGACACAUUUCUCUCCGCGACUCUCUGCUAUCCUUCUACCAUCGACCGCUCAAGAAUGCACGUGUUGCUCCCGGUCUCAGAUGAAGCGUGGUUCAUGGAAAUGCCUGCCCCGUCUGCUUCAAUACAUCCGGAGAUCUCAAUUUGCUGGAAGAGCUUACUGAAGUCACCAAACAGGAGCGAACGGGCAUGGUUCUUGGUCAGCACUCAUAUCGCCACACACAUCUACGAACUUGGGCAGCGAGCGAAGGUCCGUGGGAAAGACAUCGAAGUCCUUGAAAGAGCCCGAUCAUCCUUUUGCGUCACGUUUCAGAAGGAGUUUCGCGAUGGCAUCAAGGACCCAACAUUCGAUGCCUCCAAUUAUGCCAGAAAGAACUGGCUGCUGUUGAGCCAACUGAUGCUAGAAUCCUUUUUACAAAUUCUAGCUGCGAUGUUGCGCGAGUAA